AGCAGGUCGGUCAGUUUGAAUGAGUUGAGCGGUAACCCAACGUGUGACGUCACGCGUUACGAUAGCCGUGCGCGCGCACGCACAUGAAUCGUCACACUCUACUGGCUAGAGAUCCUUGAGAGGAGACAACUGGUUUCCUUCACAUAUUUAUUUGGUGAGGUUUAAGCCUCAAGACAGAAUGGCAGACACAAAGCGUCUCGCAUUCUCCAUCAUCCAGUUUCUCCAUGAUCAGCUGUCUUCUGGGAGUCUGUCAUCAGAUGCUCAAGAAAGCUUAGAAGUUGCCAUCCAGUGCCUGGAGACGGCAUUUGGCAUCUCUGUAGAAGACCAGAGUUUAGCAGUCAGUCAGUCUCUGCCAGAGAUAUUUGCCUCUGCAGCCAAACAGACACCUCAAGUAAAGACCAAUUCAUCCAGUGAUUCACCUUCAGAGGAGCAGUUAGCAGAAGCAGAGCAUCUUAAAACAGAUGGCAACGAUCAGAUGAAGGUAGAGAACUUUAGUGCAGCUGUUGAGUUCUACUCUAAAGCCAUUCAGCUUAAUCCUCAAAAUGCUGUCUACUUUUGCAACAGAGCUGCAGCCUACAGCAAACUGGGGAACUAUGCUGGAGCUGUUCAAGACUGUGAACGAGCUAUUGGAAUCGAUCCAAACUACAGUAAAGCAUAUGGACGGAUGGGGCUUGCUCUUGCCAGUUUGAACAAAUACUCAGAGGCUGUGAGCUACUACAAGAAAGCGCUGGAGCUUGACCCUGACAAUGACACUUACAAAGCCAACCUGCAAAUAGCAGAACAGAAGAUGAAGGAGGGACAGCCCAGCCCAGCAGGGGGUUUGGGUGGAGUCGACCUAGCAGGUUUGCUGAGUAACCCUGGAUUCAUGAACAUGGCAUCUAAUUUAAUGAACAACCCCCAAGUGCAGCAACUGAUGUCAGGUAUGAUGUCUGGGGCUUACGGUCCAAUGGGGGGAACCACCUCACCAGGACCAGGAGCCGGAGCCGGAGUUGGACCAGGAGCCGGAGUCGGAGCCGGAGUUGGACCAGGAGCCGGAGUCGGAGCCGGAGUUGGACCAGGAGCCGGAGUCGGAGCCGGAGUUGGACCAGGAGCUGGAGUUGGAGCCGGAGUUGGACCAGGACUAGGAGCCGGAGUUGGACUAGGAGCCGGAGUUGGACCAGGACUAGGAGCCGGAGUUGGACUAGGAGCCGGAGUUGGACCAGGAGCCGGUGCAGGUGGUGGUGCCAAUGAUCUCUCCAGCCUCAUACAGGCUGGUCAGCAGUUUGCACAGCAAAUGCAGCAGCAGAACCCUGAGCUUAUCGAGCAGCUGAGGAGUCAAAUGCGCAGUCGACCUCCCAGUAGUGCUGGCAACGACGAACACUGACACUCCCUAUGACUUUCAUUCUCGACCUGGUGGACCUAUGGAAGAUGGGCUACUUUUUUAUUUUUUAAGGUAUACCUUGUUCCUCCAACUCUUGGGACGAGACUGAGUUUAUUCAUCUAUAAAAACUGCAUGAGUUCCCACUGCCCCACAUUGCCCUGCCGGUUGGAAGAGGUCAUCAGUGCACAUGUACACAUCAUAAUUGGGCACUGGACUCCAGCAAAUGUUUGGUCUAAUGAAAUAUCACACUGGGUUAACACUAUAUUCCCAAGUAAUAAUCCAUGUUACUGGACUGUGAUUAAUGAAGCGCUGCUACAUGGACAUAAUGCAGAUUUGCUGUAACACCUCAGUGAUUCACUUGUCCAAUGACAAGCCUCUGUCUGAACUGAAAGGGGUUGACAAGGAACAUGUGCAAACUCAACAUUGACAAUUAAAUGUCAGAUUUCAAAUAGGA